AUUUCAUCAAUUGCUGGCGUUGCUUCCACUCAUUUUCUUUCUUUCUUUUUUGGGUUUUUAGAUUUUCACGGUUAUGCACGCAUAAGUCCAUAGACGUUCCACCGCCUAAAUUCUUGGAAAAUCUAGGGUUCCUCAUUUUCCGUUUGGCUGUUCCGAUUAGAUCUGGAUCAGCUCUUGAAAUGCUAGUGGUUUCGCUGAUUCAAAAUCAGUGAAUUCGCGUCCUGAAUUGGCCAAAAUGAUGAUUGUCGGUCCGAUAACUCCAGGCCAGGUGGCGUUUUUCAUCGGAUUUGUGUCCGUAUUCGCUGCAUGGAUUUAUGCUGAGUUUUUGGAGUAUAAGAAGAAUGCGUUCCCUUCCAAAACGCAUUCGGAUCUCAAUUUGGUUGAGUUAAAUGAAACAGUUAAAGAAGAUGACAGAGCUGUUUUACUUGAGGGGGGUGGUCUCCAGUCAGUUUCUCCUAAAGCCCGGAGCUCAUCUGUCACAUCUCACAUCUUCAGAUUCCUUCUCAUGGAAGAGUCUUUCUUGAUUGAAUACCGAGUGACACUGAGAGCCAUGUGUGAAUUUGGGGCUCUUUUGGCCUACUUUUACUUAUGUGAUCGUACAAGUCUCUUUGGUGACUCCAAAAAGAGUUACAACCGGGAUCUCUUUUUAUUUCUCUACUUCCUUCUUAUCAUAGUUUCAGCAGUGACUUCCUUCAAGGUCCAUCAUGAUAAGUCACCAUUCUCUGGGAAAUCAAUACUUUAUCUGAACAGGCAUCAAACUGAGGAGUGGAAAGGCUGGAUGCAGGUAUUAUUUUUGAUGUAUCAUUACUUUGCGGCAACAGAAAUCUAUAAUGCCAUCCGCCUUUUUAUUGCUGCAUAUGUGUGGAUGACUGGAUUUGGGAAUUUCUCAUACUAUUAUGUGCGCAAAGAUUUUAGCCUUGCAAGGUUUGCUCAGAUGAUGUGGCGGCUUAAUUUCUUGGUGUUUUUUUGCUGUGUUGUCCUUAAUAACAGCUAUAUGCUAUACUACAUUUGCCCCAUGCACACUCUUUUCACUCUUAUGGUUUAUGGGGCACUUGGUAUUCUAAACAAAUAUAAUGAGAUAGGGUUGGUCAUAGCUGUGAAAAUUGUCUCUUGCUUCUUGGUGGUUGUUCUGUUAUGGGAAAUUCCUGGAGUGUUUGAAUUUGUAUGGAGCCCACUCACUUUCAUACUAGGUUACACUGAUCCAGAUCCCUCAAAACAAAAGUUUUCCCGUUUGCAUGAGUGGCAUUUCCGCUCAGGUCUUGAUCGCUACAUAUGGAUAAUUGGAAUGAUAUAUGCUUAUUAUCAUCCUACUGUGGAGAGGUGGAUGGAGAAACUGGAGGAAACAGAAGUGAAACUUAGAGUAGCAAUCAAAAUGGCUAUUGCAACAGUAGCCUUAACGGUGGGAUAUCUGUGGUUCGAGCAUAUAUACAAGCUGGACAAGCUUACAUACAAUAAGUACCAUCCGUAUACCUCAUGGAUUCCGAUAAGUGUCUACAUAUGUUUGCGGAAUCUCACACAACAAUUUCGUUGCUACUCCUUGACCCUUUUUGCAUGGCUUGGAAAGAUAACACUGGAGACUUACAUCUCCCAGAUCCAUAUAUGGUUAAGAUCGGGAUUGCCAGAUGCACAGCCAAAACUGUUGCUUUCUCUGAUUCCAAGUUAUCCAUUAUUGAAUUUCAUGCUCACUACUUCCAUAUAUAUUGCAAUAUCUUACAGACUCUUUGAGCUGACAAAUACUUUGAAAGUUGCAUUCGUGCCCAGCAAAGACAACAAGCUCCUUAUGCACAACAUCAUUGCAGGAAUAGCGAUCUCAGGCAUCUUAUACACGUUGUCAUUCAUAUUCCUGCAAGUCCCCCAGUUGUUGGUGUGAGAAUUGAAUGAUAUAAAGAUAAUAUGAAAGGCUGCAAGCUUCCAUGUCGAUGAGCUGUGACCACGCGAAGGAGUAUUUCCAAAUUCCUUGACAUCAAAUAGUUUUCAGUUCUAUAAUUGGAAAUAGGAUUUAUCAGCCACUUGACCACUGGGGAUCCAUCUAUUUGUAUAGGAGAGGUGAGCAAUGGAUUGGACCUCUAGUUGAGGUGUUGUUCUUGUCAUGUCUUAUUCAUUUUAUACAUCUAUAAUUACAUAGCGGUAACAAGUGCAAUGUUUCAUUCACUAUUCCACAAAAAGAGCACGCCAAAUUUGUUUUUAUCAGAUUUUCGAUGAUCAGUAAUAAUAGCCCCUGUUGCAUUCAACAGUCUCGAAA